AUGAUUCGCUCGAGGCCCGGUACUUGGUGCGCCAAACAGCCGGGCGUGGUGGGCAUGGUGGGCAUGGUGGGCAUGGUCGCCAGCCCGGCCACGGCUGGGGCAGGCACCAGGAGCCACAACCACAAAGGCGGGCUGCGGCACUGCACUAAUGCUCACUCGCCGCCAUUGCCAUGGUCUCAGUCCUUUUCUUUUGCCUUCCUGCCCGCUGUCCGGACUGGGAGGAGGGCCGGCCAGUCAGCCUGUGAGCGCCCACUUGGCCGCCGUGUGGAGCCUGCACCCAAAUCCGCGACAUGCCGCACACAGAGUCUACGCACCAGAGGCAGGAUACACACACGGCUCGACGAUACGCUCGACUCGUCCGCUGUGUGCUCAGCACUGUGGCUCUCCCUUUCCCCCCUCCAUCUCCCCAAGCAUGGUCCGCUCCCAACGCGCGCCGCCUCCGCUGGCUUGUCACCAAGCAGAAGCCAGUCGCACCCCCAACCGUUGUCUCUGCCUGCCUGCCCUGCCCUGCCUUGCUCUGUUCCCCUACUUGCCUCUCCACCACUACUACCACCACCCCACCACCACCACAAUCACGUCCUCCUUCUCCAACAUCAGCAUCCCCCCCUCACUGCCACCACCACCACUCCUUUUCCACUCCUGCAAGGCUGCAAUCCCUACCCUGCCAGCUCUGCUGCUGCGACAGCGACUAGCACCACGGCGAUCGAGAAAAACAAGAGCAGGUGCAAGACAGCUGCGACUAGUUGGGCACCACCAUUACUACCAUCAUCCUCCCCUCUACGGCUGCAGUGUGCCUGCCGCUUCGACAGCGCGGAUCGCCCAGGCUCGCCGUCGCUCCCAGCUCGAGUCCGCGUCUGCGCCCAAAAAGCCCCUCUGCCUACCACCAUCGCUGGCCUGAGUCGACGCCUGUUUUCUGCCCACCCUCCGCACACCACCGUCACCUCGCUCUCUCGCAUAUCCCCUUCGUUUCCAACUGCGCAUACGACCCCUCCCUUUGUCUCUGGCGCAUGCUCAUCCCGUCACCCGCUGCCUGCCAGCGCUGCUCUUGGCUGCCCGUCGCACCCUUCUGGCCGCGUCCUUUGUCUCUGCGACACCCAUCCCGACAGCGUCACCACACACGACACCAUGGCCACCAGACCUAGCCCCAGCAGCACAAGUCCUUCGGUCCUGUCCAACAGCCCCUUCCCCCACGGCUCCCACACCAGCUCCACAUCGUCGUCGCCGCCAAAGCUCUUUGCCUCGCACAACACCAUGACUGCCGACGCCUUUGCACCACACGCCUAUCCUACCCCCGGCGCAAUCGGAGAGCGCAGGCCCCUGGACAAAGGUUCCGUUGUCAGCCCUCGCCACAGCAUUCUUUUGCGCAAGCUGCCCAGCAAUAGCGACCGUGAGGCAGUGCGCAACAUUCUCCUCUUUGCCAAAGACCUCAUUGACUGCGAGGUCCUCUCACAGCCCCGGCACGCAGACGACAAGGGUUUUGCCUGCGCCGUCGCCCAUUUCCAGACGUACGAGGGCGCAAAGGAAGCCCGCGAUCUACUACACGGCAAGCGCAAUGCCACCAACGAUGCCACACUGGUCGUCGAGUUGAUGCACGAGGCACCUUCCGGCACCGUCGGGUCACGCCGCAACACCCUCGACAGCAUACCCGCGCGCCAGGCCUCUGUGGUAAGCUCAAUGUCCACCUCGACUGCCAAUGGCCGACAGUCAUCGCGAUACAACGGCACCUUCCAAAACAUGGAGAAGAUGUCCCCACCCAACGGGACCCCAGGUCUUGGCAACGGAGAAUUCCCGGUCAACAACCUCUUCUCGCCGACAUCUCCCGUCAACACGUCUUUUGCGAGCCGCAAUUUGGGCAAGUCAGUCAUCAAUGACGAGGCGGACGAUGAUGAUGGGCUGCUGAACGAGUCGAUUGGAUAUGCCACUGGUGGCCCCCAGGCUCAGUCAAGCAUGCAGCGCCGCGCCACAAACCCAAACUCUUCCACCAUUCCCGUCCAGCGCUUUGGAAGUCUUUCUCUCAACACCAACGGCGCUACUGGAGUCAAAUCGCCGCCCAUGUCAAACUAUGCAUCGCCUCGUUCCGGUUCCAACAUGCAAUCACCAGUUCCCACCAUGUCUACCAUGUCUGCCAUGUCUCCGCAUAGCAUUCCAUCUGCUUUGAGUAGUGGACCGAGCACUGGCUACCAGCAGUAUUCUCAGCAUUUUGCCAGGCCCACGUAUCCCCCCGUGAAUCCCGCCGACCAGAACCCACCGUGCAACACUCUUUAUGUGGGCAAUCUCCCAAUGGAUACCUCCGAGGACGAGCUCAAAGCCGUCUUUUCAAAGCAGCGCGGAUACAAGCGCCUCUGUUUCCGGACCAAGCAAAACGGCCCCAUGUGCUUUGUCGAAUUUGAAGACACGUCUUUUGCUACCAAGGCUCUCAACGAACUUUAUGGAUACAUGCUCCACAACAGUGUCAAGGGCGGUAUCCGCCUGAGCUUUUCCAAGAAUCCCUUGGGUGUGCGCAGCGGCCAGAACUCUGGCCUGGGUCCACAGUCUGCCAUCACCCCAACUACCCCUCUUUCAGCUUUUGGUAACGGCGUCGCUGCCCCUCCUGGUUUCUCAACCGCUACUGGCCCACCACCGGGCUUGUCAGCACCUCCCGGCCUAUCCGCGGCAGGCCACGCCAAUGGUAGCUCUGCCUUUGGCAUGUACGCCAAUGGGGGAUUCGGGAUGGGUCCCAACGACAUGGCUGCCUCUAUGCGUCAACCACUAGCGUCCAGCGGCACCGGCAACGGCUUUGGAGGCUACUCCUCAUUCAUGAUGGGGCGCUAG